AGUGGUGAAGAAAUAGAAAUAUUUAUGUUAAUAUCAUCAGAUGCAUAGAUAACAAGGACUGUUAUUUAUGUAUCUGGUUUCAGGAACUGGAAUAAAACCACAGACUCAGUCACAGUCGUAUGAACAGCAAGCAAGGAAGAAAUAAUGCAGAAGAUACCAGGCAUGUAAUCUACAUUUGUAUUUUGCAGGUAGAAUUUAGAAUGAUCCGUCUCUCAAGACAAGGACUUGUGCUACUACUGAUUGCAGGGGCUUUUCCUACUCUCAUUUUAGUCUACCUAACACUCACUUCAGAUGAUGGGUAUGCUAAUGAAGCAGUGUUCCAGAGGUUGGAACUCAAGUUUGCCAGUAAACUCAGGGAGCUCAGCAAUGACAACAGAGCCCUCAAAAAACAACUCAGCUUGACUCGUACCGAGUUGACAGCAUUUGAACUCAAUGCAGAUGAACAAAGUCCUAAAACAUCCAAAAACUGUGUUGAUUCUCAGCAGGAGGUCCCGAAAUGUGAGGAAAUCCAUGUAGCUAUUGUGUGCUCUGGUCAUAAGUCAACAAGAGAUGUCGUGACUCUGAUCAAAAGUGUUCUGUUCUAUCGUAAAAAUCCACUACAUUUCCACUUCAUAUCCGACACAACAGCACAAGUUAUCCUGAAUUACCUUUUUGACACCUGGAGUGUCCCUGAUGUAAAAAUAAGCUUCUAUCAUGCGGAUAAAGUCAAGGAAGAUAUAGAAUGGAUUCCAAACAAACAUUAUUCUGGUAUAUAUGGGUUGCUUAAAUUGGUCUUGCCAAAAAUUCUACCAGCCUCAUUGGAGAAGGUAAUUGUCCUGGAUACAGAUGUAAGCUUUGCUACUGAUAUAGCAGAACUGUGGAAAAUGUUUAGUUUCCUAACAGGAACAAAGGUGCUUGGUCUGGUGGAGAAUCAGAGUGACUGGUACUUAGGAAAAAUCUGGAAGAACCACAUUCCCUGGCCAGCCCUGGGUCAUGGUUUUAACACUGGUGUCAUUCUGAUGAAUCUGGGGAUACUGAGAGAGAUGAACUGGAUGGAAAUGUGGAGGAAAAUCACCGUCAAAGAACUGGAGACCAUGCAAUACACACAACUAGCAGAUCAAGACAUUUUUAAUGCAGUGCUGAAGGAGCAUCCCUAUUUUGUGUAUCACUUGCCCUGUCAGUGGAAUGUACAACUGUCUGAUAACACCAAGAGUGAACAGUGUUACAAUCAGGUGGAGAAACUGAAGAUUAUUCACUGGAAUUCCCCCAAGAAGUUUAAGGUUAAAAACAAGCAUGUAGAAUAUUUCAGAAAUUUGCACCUGACUUUUUUGGAGUAUGAUGCAAACUUGCUUCGGAGGGAGUUGUUUGGAUGUGAAAAGUCUGAGGAGGUCACACCCACAAAUGAAGAGUCAAACACUUUAAGUGAGGAUGACGAGUGCUAUGAUUUCCGUCGUGAGCGUACUUUGGUCCACCGUACACACCUGUACUAUCUGGAUUAUGACUACACCCCCACAGAGUAUGAUGUUACUCUAGUGGCACAGCUCAGUAUGGACCGGCUCCAGAUGUUGGAGCUUAUUUGCAAGCACUGGGAGGGUCCUAUCAGCCUUGCCCUGUACAUGUCUGAUGCGGAAGCCCAGCAGUUCCUGAGGUACGCCCAGGACUCGGAAAUACUCAUGAAGAGGAAAAAUAUUGGCUACCAUAUUGUCUACAAAGAUGGGCAAUUCUAUCCUGUGAACUAUUUGCGUAAUGUUGCAAUUAACCAGAGCCAGACGUCUCACCUGUUUUUGACGGAUAUUGACUUUUUACCUAUGUAUGACCUGUAUAAUCAUCUAAAGAGUGUUGUAUCAAGGAUUGACAUGGAGAAAGAAAAAAAGGCUUUGGUUGUACCAGCUUUUGAAACCCCAAGAUACAGAUUUGAGUUCCCAUCUACAAAAGACGAACUCCUAAAAAAGCUUGAUAGUGGGGAAAUAUUCACCUUCAGAUAUGAUGUGUGGCCCCAAGGGCACCUUCCCACAAACUACACAGUUUGGCGGACAGCCACUACAAUGUACACUGUGAAUUGGGAGCAGGAUUAUGAGCCAUACAUUGUUGUGAAAAAGGGAGUUCCCCAAUUUGACCAGCGAUUUGUCGGCUUUGGUUGGAACAAAGUCUCCCAUGCUAUGCUCCUUGAUUUAUUAGAAUAUAAGUAUGUUGUCUUGCCAAAUGCCUUCAUGAUCCAUAUGCCUCAUGCACCAAGUUUGGAGAUCACAAAGUUCCGCAACAGUCAAGUCUAUAGAAAUUGUCUCAAAACACUGAAAGGAGAAUACCAGCGAGAUUUAUCUAGAAAAUAUGGUUUGAAGGCCCUAAAAUAUUUAUCAGUGGACUAAGAGGUGAAUAUUGAAAAACUAGGAACAUUUUACUCAAAUUAAAUAAUCAAAAUGUGUCAGUACCACAGAGCAGCAAGUCUAACUAGCAAUGAAUAUAAGUAAUUUUCAUUAAAAAACUUUUCUCCUGUCUCUUUUGUGUGCAAAAGUAUCCAUGGAAGUAGAUGUAUGAAGUUCAACAACUCUUUGUAGUGUUAGGUUGAGUGAAUGAAAUUCAUGAAUAAAUGCUAUUUCUUGGUUUAUAUGAAGUGAAAUAAUACAACAUGCAUGAAUAUCAUAUUGAGUUGGGGUUUUUUAAUACAUGUACAGCAAAAUUUUUCACUUCAUUAUGAAUAGUUAAGAGAAUUUUUUUUAAUUUCUAAGAAAUAAAAUUAUUUUCUUUAUGGUUACUGCAAUAUAGCUUCACAUUAUUGUAUAAACUCAGAAUUGUUGUAUCAAAAAAUGUUAACAGCUUGUUUUAAUUUCUAGUCUUUUUACAGCUUAUCAGUAACUAAAGUUGUUUUUUCUCAUUUC